AUGCUGAGCAACACAGCGCAACUGUUCCAUCAUGUUUCGUCUCUCAUCGAUCAUGUUAGCUAUUUCCUCAACGCUGCCCCCCUGGCUAGUGUCGCUCUCUUCACUUUGGCGGUAAUAUUUGUGUGGUUCGUGUCGUCGUCAACAUGGCAAUACUAUCGACUUCGCCAUUUCGACGGGCCAGUACUAGCCGAAAUCUCCAACUUCUGGCUCUUCAAGUCUGUGGAUAGCGGCAGAUCUUAUCUCGAUUUCUGGGAAGUGACGCAAAAAUACGGAACAAUCGCUCGAGUCGGCCUCAAUGAUCUCGUUACUGAUGAUCCCGCCUUUGUCAAGCACAUGUGCAAUGUCAAGACAGACUAUCGACGGUCCAGCUGGUACGACGGCAUGCGCUUCAACCCCACCUCGAACAAUUGUUUGUCCACACGAGAUGAGACCGCACACACUGCUCUGCGAUCUAAAAUGGCCGCUGGCUAUGCCGGCCGCGACGUGGACAACAUCGAGGCCAAAAUCGAUACCAAUGUCCGUGAAUUCAUGGGCUUACUUGGCAGAUACGCUGACAGGAAGGCGCCUGUGGACCUUGGCCGUAAGGUCCAAUAUUUCACCCUGGAUGUCAUCUCUGAUAUUGCAUAUGGAGCGCCAUUUGGCUUCGUCGAGACAGACACUGAUGUCUACGAGUAUAUCAAGACAACCGAAAAGAACCUCCCCAUGGUUAUGGUGGUUACUGUGUUCCCCUGGCUGCUUAGGUUGUUGAACAACCCAAUUCUCAAAGGGCUGCUUCCAUCGGCGAAAGACAAACUUGGAUUUGGCAGGAUAAUGAGCAUCGCAAAAGACGUAGCGGCAGAGCGGUUCAAGCCGGACGUCAAGGCCGAACGGGACAUGCUCGGAUCAUUCAUCCGACACGGCCUCACUCAAACAGAAUCUGAGUCCGAAAUCCUGCUCCAGAUCGCCGCCGGAUCCGACACAACCGCGUCAGCCAUCAGAUCCACGAUGCUCGAACUAUGCGCUAACCCGGACAUUCUCCGUAAACUUCGACAGGAGAUUGCCUCUGCCAAUAUCGCUGGCGAUGUCAUUAGCGACAGCGAGGCCAAAGUGUUACCAUAUCUCCAGGCGGUGAUCAAAGAGGGUUUCCGAAUUUUUCCUCCAAUCGCAGGUCUCAUGUCAAAGGAAGUUCCCCCGCAAGGUGAUACAUGGAACGGCGUCUUCAUUCCGGGCGGAACCCGAGUGGGGUACAGCAUCUGGGCCAUCACACGGCGACGAGAUGUCUGGGGUCAAGAUGCGCUGGAAUUCCGACCAGAAAGAUGGCUCAACGUUUCUCCAGACAAGCUCAAGGAUAUGGAGAGCACUCUGGAUCUCAUCUUUAGUUAUGGUCGCUGGCUUUGCCUGGGCAAAUCUAUUGCCCUGAUUGAACUGAACAAGGUCUUUGUCGAGGGAACUCGCUAA